CAGCCAUGCGGCGGCAUCUGUUUGUGGCGAACGCAGUGCUGCAGCGUGAAUGUGCUCGCGCAUAUGACACGUGUCGUGCAGCUGUGAGUUGUAGAACAAUAAGACAUCGAGGCCCCGUAGCCCUGAAAGCCGCUGGGCAGCAGGUGUCGGCUUCCUUGGACGCCUCCUGCCCUUAUUGGCAAGAAUUUUUGAUAUUUGCUACAUACGACGCAGUAGCGCCGAUUGCCGCGUCGAAUUAUUCAGUGUUCGUUCUCGCGAGCUCUGUGUGUGUGCCCCUGCGAAGCUCGCCAGUUGGGAGUUCACGGCGAGAGUGCUGCGCGUGUGGGUUUUUAGAGCGAGAACGAAAGACGACGACUCCGCAUUCUAUGUGCGCGCGGCAGCGUGUGAUUGUGUUUCUGGUGAUACGCCGUAGGUCCGCAAAGCUUACGAGGAGCUCAUGUGUGGCAUUUACCGCUAUCUGAACUAGCCGCUGGAGCUAUAAGGAAAAGGAGACGCCAGCGUUCUGGUUUUGUUUUCUGAUUAUGAUGUCGGGUUCCGGAAGCCGCAUCGACUGAUUCUACGGGAAGGUGCCCCAGGACCAACGUCAAGGCCGGCAGCGUAAGCCACCGAGAAAGAUGAAGUUCCUCCUGCGACCCACAAUGAACCGAUGAAAAAGAAAAGCAUUGCGAAGGAAUCAGCAUCAACGUCAACAGUGGGACGAGAACGAGAACGGAGCUUUGCGCCGAGGUUCGCUGAAAUCCUCAUCGAGCGGCUUCGCCAGACAGGGCAAGUGUUUCCUUCUUGUUGUGCCACUUCCCCACUGACUUACGUGAAUCUCACCUGAACACCGGCAGUGAUACAAGCCCGGUACCGAACCCUGUGUUUGCCUUCGCGCUACGCCGCAUCGACAGAGGCCGAAGACUUUUUUUUUGUUAUUAGCACGACAUGUACGCUGAACGUGGAGUACCUUUGACGCGUCGUAACUUGUGUAAUUAGCCACUGCGCCCGUAACCGACUCACUGCCUGUGUGGCCCCGACUUUCUCGGCUUGUGCUGAUUGACAAAAGCCAUGAGUGACCGCAGACGCGACAGCCGAACCAAGCCUUCCUUCGAACCGCGUCCUACACGCCACCCGCCGUCCGGUAUGCCAGGGUUCAAGCCUUCGCCGUCGCUGUUAGAAUCUACUCCCCAUCUGUCGAGAGCGCUGCUUGACCGUCAACGGCGGAGAGAGUUCGGAGAUGACUGGCCCAUGGAGCACAGAAGGCGACCCCCGGGGUUCGGAGAUGAGGGGCCCAUGGAGCACCGAAGGCGACCCCCGGGGUUCGGAGAUGAGGGGCCCAUGGAACACAGAAGGCGAGCACCGGAAUACGACGACGAACGAUUUGCCGGUUCGGCUUCCGUACCUCCAAUUCACUUCGACGGUCGUUUGCGGGACGACAGCAGGGACGACAGAGGACACCGAGGAAGGCGCCUGCCCGAAGAGCACGACGAGCUGUCUCUGGCAUCGUACGAUUACCGCAGCCCCGGUAGUGGCGACCCGCGCGGGCCUCCCGGACCACCGGAGAGACUUCGUCGUCCCCAGAGUACCCCGCGGUACGGCGGGGAUCGUGACCGGUACUUUGGAUCUCCGGACCGCGGGAGACAUUCCAUCGGGUAUCCAGGACGUCACGGCGGUGAGCGCGAGCGAUUCGACGUUUUAGGGGACCGCGAGGAACGAGGCCCCGAACACUACCGCCUUCGUGGUGACUCGCAGCGCUUAGGCGAUGAAAGGAACCUUGAACACCGAUCUGGUCGCAUGCAGGAGUGGCCCGAUGACGGCCCUGAGUGGGCGCGCUCUGGUCCUCCCUACGGCGACGAACGAGCUCGUGCUGGAGGCGUGGGCCAGCGGCCUUUUGUUCCAGAGUAUUCUAGCAGUUUUAAUGACGAAAGACCACCUUUAAUGCCUUGCCAGGAAAGCCGGCGAAGUGCCUCAGUGCCGACUCGGCGCCACGACUGGGGUCCAGAAGACUUUGACAGACCACCGCGUGACCACGGAGCGUUGGGCUGGGAAGAGGAAUUCGGUUCCUUCCCUCACCGUUCAGGACCAGCUGAGUUCGGUGAGAUGGAAAGGGGGCCCUUCUCAUCCAGAGACCAUCCCGGUGGCAAUUUUGGGGAUCCUGGUACAUCCGGCUACAACGAAAGGCCUCCAAGGAGUUCCAGUCGAGACCGCGGGUACCCCUGCCCACGGGAAUUCCAAGAGCGCGGUCGAGAAGUGCCGGGCUUCGCACCUUACGAGGAACAUUUGCACAGUUCACCGGGUCGAGGACGUCGUCCUUUCAGUGAUGGUCGCUCUGAAGGGCCGGGCCCGGUCAGAUUUGCUUCCACCUAUCAACAAGCAAUGCCCGGUCCAAUGGGCCGGAAAGAGUACUGUCCACCUGAAGGCGUUCGAGAUGUCCGUUUGAUGCACGAUAACGCGGCUUCAGAUAAACGACCAAUGAUGCCAGUAAAAGAUGAAAUGCGUCCCGCAGUACCGAUCCAUCCGAAAAAUACUGUAAUGGAGCAAGCUGCUAAAGCAGGCUACAAAGAAAUGGCCGCUAACCCUGAAAACCCGUGGCCAAAUAUUCCAGCCGCCAGUUACAGAGGCCAGAUGCUUGGUUCCGGCUACAAAGGACCAUCACUCAGCAAGGAAGGACCACUUGGGGAGCCAGCAAAAGCUCUGGGCGGUGUUCCAGACCGUUUAGACGCUCCUGUUCCCCCACCGCAGCUGCCUAGGCCAGCGAUUCCUGGGCGACCCAUGUCUAGCGUAGAUAUCUCGCAGCAGAAUCAGCGGGGGCCACUGGCUUCACAGUGCCAGACGGCACCAGGUGCCAGAGGGCCAGAACAGCGCUCGUUGCUUGCUGACAAACUUCGAAGUGAAAGUGCGCCUCCUCUUCCUGCUACAGCCGACCGACAGCGCCAGAGUGCUCCGCUUGCUCCUCCUGUAAGCAGCGUCUCACAGACACCACAAAGUGUACGCCUUCCACCUGCUACAGGCGAACAGCGUCAGCUCCCUCCGGUGGCGCCAUCUGUUACCAGCGUUUCACAAACACCACAAAGUGCGCACAUUCCGUCCGCUACAACCGACCAACAGCGUCAGCGCCCUCCAGUCGCUCCAGGUGCAACCACCCUCUCGCAGAAACCACAGAGUGCGCACCUUCCACCUCCUACAGCCGAACAGCGCCAACACCCUCCGGUGGCUUCAUGUGCAAUGACCGUCUCGCAGACACCACAAAGUGCGCGCCUUGCACCUCCUACAGCCGAUCAGCGUCAGCGCCCUCCACUUGCUCCGUGUGCAACUAGCGUCCCAGAAACUCUCCAAGCUGCACGCCUUCCAACUGUUACAUCCGAACAGCGUCAGCACCCUCCGGUUGCUUCAAUUGUAAGGAGCGUCUCACAAAUGCCACCAUGUGAGCAGCCCUCACCUGCUACAGCCGAUCAACAGCAGCAGCGACCUCCGGUUGCGCUAUGUGUAAACAGCGUCCCACCAACGCCACUUGAACCUGCGGUUCAAAAGCCUCCUUCGACUGUUGAAAGCAAGGAUGAUCCGCCUGUUGCAUCGAUGCCAUUGCGUAGUCCUGUAGAGGAGCGACCAGGCAGUAUGGAAGACCGCAAACUACAGCGCCCUAUCAGCUUUCCGCUUCCGAAGGGCAAGUUGGAACAAUUGGCCUCCCAGGUACUGCGUCCCAAUUCUUUAGACAAAGGAACGCGUGCUCCGACCAUAGGCCAACCUCAUGGCCAGGUCAAUGUCCAAAGCGGUAACGAGAAACACUUUUUUACUUCAGACGUACAACAGCGUCCAGUACUUUCGCAAGGGUCUUGCGGGACCACUCAAUAUAAGGCACCCGGUACUUCGCUCGCACCUCUCCAGCCUGCGUGCACGUUGCCUGUGGUUUCAGUUCAGCAAGCACUUCCGCCGCCUCCUCGGCCUCCGUCGUUCACUUGCCAAUCGUUCCGCCCAACUCGCCAGGUAGCACCGUCUUCCACUAGCAACCCAACACAGUGCAACGUAAGCGUGCCCAAUACUCCCGAACUACGGCCUCCGAUGACUACUGCGUACCCGCAGCAGGUUUGUCCACUCACUGGCAUGCCGAUUCAUUUCGGGGAAGAACGCUACAUGACACCUCCUCAACAAGCGGGAUCCGUCCCCGGGACUGCCAGCCUUUAUGACUUUCAACAAAAGCAGGCUACUACUGCAGAUCCGAAGCCGGAGCUUCCAGUGCCUUCGCCGUUUUUCAACACAGCAGGAGGCCAACUCUCGGCGGGUGGAGCAUUAACAAGGCCGCCUCUUCCAACUCCAAGCUACUUCACUGGACGUCAAUGUCCAAGUGGUGCAACAAAUGUUCAACCACCAACAGCUAGCCCACUGUCUCUCCACAACCAACAACUUCCCACUUCUUCAGCAAGUCAGAAGCCGACCCGUGCUCCUACUUUCAGUCAAGAAAAAAUAGCAGAGGAAAGAGUGCCUCCUAAGAUAGAAGGGCAAUCGGACGCGAAAUGUGGACAAAUGCUGGCGCCGGGCCUAAAGCAAAAAGAACCUGAAGGAAGUGGUGUGCACAACACAAAAGUGGCAGUAUACAAAUCAGCUCCUAAAUUAUCCGCAGCGGACGGCGAGCAUCCCAACUCUGAUGUUGAAAUGAUAGAAGCUUACGUAGACGAUACCAGGACCUGUGCAAAAGACGAAGCAAGAGCCACGGUUGGAGGCGCAGCGCAGCCGGUUCAAACACUCAGAGUUGGCCGAGGUGUUACGAAAAGUGACACAGCUGACGGAGCUCGACUUAGUGACCCCGCCAUUCAGAGUAAGAACCAGGAUGCUGACACAGAAAAGCAGCAACCAGAACCACAAAAUCAACAAAGUACAUCGAGGGCUGAUGAAACUAGGGAUCCUAAAGGCGGGCAAAGCAACUCUGAGGAGGUGCCAGAAAAGCAGGUAUCAUUGUUGAAGCUUGUAGAAUCUCCCACCGAUAACCAAAGCUUGGCUGUGAAGAAACAAGAAACUUCAGUGAAAGACCGGGAUGCUGAACUGAAAGACUCUGGAAAUCAUUUACAAAAUCGGGAGCCCUUGGCAAAACAACAGAACGCAAACGUCUUGAACGAAGAUUUGGUCAUGGCGGAAAGCGAGGUUCUUUAUGGGCCACGGCCACCGACUACCAUAGAGAGCGAUAAAUGUAAGAAUACAUUGAUUACUGACAACAUCAGCAAUCCAAGCGACAUGAAAUCAAGUUCAGGCAAACGACCUGCCUUAAACGAUCACGAGGUGUCGUCCUCUACUCCCGAAUGCGCAGUUGCAAGCUCUUCUACACAAAGUAAGGAUCAAGAGACAGGUCAAAGUGGAGCUCCAAACGCCAGUGCUGGGCAGAAAACGGAGGUUCAACACACGCGUCAAGACAACUCGAAGCCCACCGAAAAGACGGAGACUGCUCCCGUCAGCAAAAAGAACGAGGAAAGUUCGGACUGCGAAAAGUCGGGACACUCUUCCGAGAGGAGUUCUAGGGCAACUGAAGACUCGCACAGACCGCGUUCCUCGAAAAGACGCCGCCGCACCUACAGCAGCUCCGACGAUAAGUACGACGAGGACGAAUCCGACGUCGAGAACACCAACGACGGCGUUUGCCUGUCUGGGCGUGGCAACGAGGGUCAGGUCUUCGGCAUUCCGGUAGUAUUCAAGGCCAUCAGCACGACCCGCACCUUCUGGAACAUUCGCGGAGGGCAGGUAGCCCGCGAGCUUGAAGAGGUCAUCGGCGACAACGUCGUCAAUCAGAAGAUCAACCGCGCGGGAUUCCUCUGCGUCAACGUGGCCACCGCCGCGGACGCCGUCAAGCUGCUAAACCUGAAGAAGCUUGGCGGAGCCGACGUGGAGUCAGUCAUACCCAGCAUGUACCUGCGGCACGAGGCCAAGAUCCGUGGCGUCCCUUACCACUACACCAACGAGAAGCUCGCCGAGGUCUUUGCGAACGUGGGCGUCUUGAGCGCAAGGCGCCAGCUCACGGUCAAGCGGCUGCACGACGGCACUUACGAGGAAUUCCCGCGCAGCAGCGUCGUGCUGACUUUCAAACCAGACGCCACGCUUCCCAAGACGCUCGAGCUGGAGAACGAGAAGUUCAUCGUAGAGGAGUACAUAGAAGCCCCGCUGCAGUGUUUCAAGUGUCUGCGGUUUGGCCACACUUCGCGUGCUUGCGUGUCCGUGGGCCGCUGCAAGAACUGUGGCGCUCGGUACUGCGAUGAGGAAUGCGAGCGAAGGACGCCGAUGUGUGCCAACUGCUUCGGCCCCCACCAGGCGACGUACGUAGGCUGCCCUCGGAGAAGGGAGGUUGCGUUCGCCAGCUUGUGGAAGAGGACCUUCGACUUGAACGCCCUCUGAACUGUUUGAUGUACAGAUCUGAGAUGACCUGACACAAGCUGCACUGUCCACCGUGAAAGGCUCAAUCUUUUUGCAAAUCGCGAUGUGGUCACGGAAGUAUUCCAGCUCGGACAACACCUGGAAUGGUUGAAAGCGUGCGUGUGCCCGUUAGUCAACAUCAGACCGCGGUUUUCUUCAAGAACUUUGGUUAUGCGCUUCGUCGACACAGAAUGAAACAGUUAUGAGAAAGGGCCUUAGGCCCACACGAUCGUCUAACAUUUUUUGCCCUGUGAAACACCGUGAAUCCUGUUCUUAAAGUGAGAUUUCUUGAACUACGUACGCCGUGACGCUUGUAACAGUACUGUCAGUGGCCACGAAGUGUUUUCUAUUUUGUUUUCAUAGCUCCAUAUCUUCAAGUUUUUUUUUCACCCUCUAUUUUACUUCCGGUUAAGCUUUCCGAGAAAUAAAAGCAUAUUUUCUUUUAUUUGAA